GUCAAAUUCAUAAUUGUUUUAUUAAAAAAAUACCCAAGUUAUACAUCUGGAUAGUUUCUUUUGCUGUUCAGUAUACGACUGUGUGCAAAUUUCAUUUUCAGCACGAGAACAUCAUUCAUUUGAAUUUUGGAGUUUACGGGAUGGCAGGGAAGACGCUUUUACAAUUAUGUUUCUGGAUCGUUCUUGCCAGGUUUUGCCAUACAACUUUACAGACCUGUACCGAUGUGUCCUGCAGUGCAUCCUGCCCGCCAUCUAGCGGAACUUACACCUUAACAAACGCAAACAGCGACUCAUUCACAGUUUACUGCUUAUUUGAAAGUGGCUAUGGUUAUACAUUCAUCGCCGCUAAUACUAGCGUUGAUCCUAACCUAGCCAAACUGUUUACAGAGAAAACGGAAGUGUUAAUACGUCACAAGCUCCAGAACGGAAGUCAGUAUGACGCUACAGCGGCACAAAUCUCGAAAUACUCGAGCGAAAAUCUCGGCGUAUUAUAUAACUCUUCCACUGGAUAUAACAAUUUGGUAAAUGACCACAUGACCCCUUAUCUAUACGUCGGCUUCGUACCCAAGGCCGGAGUGAAUCACUCAAAAGACAUACAGGGCUGGAAGGUCCAGGGGACAGACUAUAAUUUCACAAAUUGUGACGCUAACCCAAACAGCUAUUUCACCCUGUUGUACAACAGCCAGAAUGAGGCUUAUGGAAACUACUCCCAUGCCAAGACGGAUCUUCUUCACGUUUGGUACGAUAUGCGAGCGAAGUGA